ACAGUUAUUUUCAAAACACGUCUGUGGGAACUCUCUGUAACGUCUCUUCCCCACCACGGCCUCAUCCAAAACAAUUCAAAACAUAAAUUGGAGGGAAGAAAUUGAAGGGAAAAUAACAACGGCGGUCGAAAGGACCCUCCGAUAUACUGUACGGUGUUCGUAGAUUGCAUCUGUUUCUCUCGAGAGCGCCAGAAACUUUUGAUUUCUCUGUCGGAACUUGUUUAGAAAAUGGCAGAAACCCUAAGCCCUAACCCCACGGCGACCCAGAAGCUGAGGCUCCCCGUGGUCGGUCGCAUGCAAUCCCCGACCAGCCCUUUCUUCAUUGGAUCCAACGAUGACCACCUCGAAAGAGCCCAAGCCCGCGCUGCUCGUGCUGCGGCCAUCCGUCGCAAGUCCUUAGCGUUUAAUGCUCCACAGCCUCGCGAUCCUGACCCCUGCCUAGACAAGGAGCAGAUCCUCGGCUUGCUGAACAAUUGCAUCAAACUCGCAAGCGAAAAUAAAAUUAAUCAGAAGAAUACAUGGGAGUUUGGAUUGAUUGACCAUCUUUACGAGAUUAUUAAGGUGGAAGAAGAGGGUGAUGUAGAGACAAAUUUCCAGAAGGCCAGUUGCACUUUAGAAGCUGGAGUUAGAAUAUACUCAUUAAGGGUGGAUUCAGUACACUCAGAGGCAUACAAGGUCCUUGGUGGGAUUAAUAGAGCAGGUCAAGAUAAUGAACAAGACGCAAAUAUGGAGGAUGCUAACAUUGUGGGUGACCAUGAGGAAGGUCAGUCCAAGAAAGAGAUGGACAAAAAGAUAUCACCCUUAUCAACAUUGGAAUCAUCCUUUGAGGCUCUUAAUGUGAAAAAGUUUGAUGUUGCAUUUUCUGUGGAUCCACUUUAUCACCAAACAACUGCACAAUUUGAUGAAGGUGGGGCCAAAGGUCUUUUACUGAAUAAUCUUGGAGUAUAUGCUGGAUGUCGAGUGCUCUUUGAUUCACAAGAAGUUCCUGGAAAGUGCACAUCAUGUGAAACCCGAUGUGAGAAUUCAGAUGCAAUUGAUCUUAAUUUCUCCAGAGAAUACAUCGAACAGAUGGUACUCAUCAUGCGUACAAAAGAUGAAAUUUCGCCCACUCUGAGGAACAUUGUCAACCAGUUUGAUGAAGAUAACAGGAGGCCACAAGAUACAUUUUCAUAUUGCCAGCAAUCAACUGAAGAAGUUGAUGCAGAUUAUGAUGGUGCAGCAGAGUUCGGUGAUGCAUUUGAGAAUUGUGGGACCUUGGCAUUUGAUAAUGAUGACGAAACAAGUUGUGUUAACGAGGAUCCCAAUGGUGCAGAUGCAGUGUUUCCAAGUUAUGAUGAGGAAAAUGAAUCAAUUGCUUUCCGCAACCCUGAUAUUGAUGACAGAUUUGAGAAAGUAGAUGGAUACUUGUUUCUAAAUUUGGGAUUCACAUCAAGUCAAAAUUCCUGGGCAGGUCCAGAUUACUGGAAGUAUCGAAAAGCUAAAGGUUUAGAGGAUCACAAUGCCACAGGAAAUGGUUCAUCAGUAACAACCAAUAAAUCAAGGAACAAAAAACAGGCAGAACCUGAUAUUGAUUUUACGAAAGCUUUGGACGAUGAAUUUCCAGAUGUAUUUGCUCCUCCCAAAAACCCCAAGUCUUUACUGCUUCCUGCAAAUAGAGCACCUUGUAAUACAAUGCUUCCAGAGGAUUGUCACUACCAACCUGAGGAUCUUGUCAAAUUAUUUCUUCUGCCGAACGUAAUGUGUCUUGGCAAGAGAGGAAAGAAGUCCUCAGAUGAAUUAAGGCAACAGUUUGAUGAUAAUGAGCCAAUGCAAUCCUGGGACGAUGAAAGUGCACAUGGGGGCCAAUUUGAUGAUGUAAAUGCUCAUAGUGACGUAGAGGAGGAGCCCAACACAUUUGUAUCUCAACCUCGACAGGUGAAUAAAAUUGAAGUCCAGUAUGACAAAACUUCGAAGCAAGUUGAUGUCCAGGCACUAAAAGAAACUCUUUGGGACCAUAUGCAAGAGUAUCCUCAAAUGACUGUGGAGGAGCAAGAAGAGAAGUUAUCUUUCAAGAACCUCUUGGAGAGUUUUCCUAGCGACUGCCGAGCUGCUCCAACAAUCAAAGAUAUCUCCCCUCAUUUGUGUUUCAUAUGCCUAUUACACUUGGCUAAUGAGCACGGGUUAAGCAUCCAUGGCUGCACCAAUUUAGACGACCUCAGCAUAAACCUCCCUUCUACUGGUAAGCGUACAAGUGAGGUGAUAUAGAACUCUUGACUGCACUAAAGCUUUUUUUGUAGUUCAUGAUUGCAAUGGCAAUGAUUGUGUGUUUAUCCAUCGCAUCUUGCUAACGAAGAACUCCAACGCAUUAUGAUUUUUACCCGUUUACAAGUCGAACUUGGGUCAGACUUUUGUUUUUGUUUUAUUCUAGCAUCUUAUAUUUUCGUUUGAACUAUGAUAGGGUUACCCACGUGGCUAACAUAGAUUCGUCUAUGGGCUUUGUUUGUCGUGCUGGCCCAGCUUCUGUGAAUGUGAGAGCUAACCUUGUGUUGUAAACUUUCUUCUCCUCCACAACUUUCUGCACAAGAUAUUUAUU